CAAUUACCAUUAAAUAAAAUAUACAUGCAAUCAAACACAAAAUAUUGAGACCAAAAAUUUUUGUGACCGAAUUGUCGUCCAUACUGUGUGCAUGUGUGUGUGUGUGCAUAACACACACACACACACACACACACACACACACACACACCACACACACACACACACACACACACACGGUCUCUGCUAGACUGCAUGCAUGGAGCCCGGUUGUGCUCUCUCAGCAGUAAUGUUGAAACUAUCAACGAGAGUGGAUAGGGAAAUUAUACAGACCCGAUUAAAUGUUCUAGUUUUAUUGCAGUUAUUUGCUGGAAUAGAAAGUAACAAAUCCAGAGGAAAUGUAUUUGGUCUAUUAUGAAAAUGUAGCUAAAAUUUAAUAAAAUUUUUUUUUUAAUUCUAAACACAACAGAAAUUAAAUAAAUUAGCACCAAGUGCUCAUUUUCUUUGUAAAUUGGAAUGCCUCCCGUUUCAAACCGAGGCUCUGUUGAAACUGCUUCCGUGUGACGUCACACCUAGACAACCCCAGUAAACAAUGGCUUCCUACAUCCGACAAUCAUACACGUGAGUGGUAUCUAGAGGAGAUAGUAGUGGUGAAGAAGUUUUUAUGGAAUGUGUAAAUGCUACUGGCUUCCUGUGCAUGCAUAAAAGAUCACAUAGAUUUCAGAAGCAAUGAGUGUUUAUUGAACUCCGAGGACAUGGAAAACAGUGAGCGGCUACACAUAGACUGCUGCAGGUAAAUAACUAGAACAUAUAUAAGGGACCCAAGCCAUAACACCUAGGAGAUGUGUAUGCCCCUACUCGGCAUAGUGACAAACAACCAAUAAUUUACAGAAUGCUCUGUGGAAGAUAUAGGAACUGAAGGAGAGGAUUUUUUUUAUUUUCCCCAUGUUCAAAAAACAUCCCAUGCAGGUGUAAUUCAACCAUAUAUGUUCGAACCGGUGUGACGGUCUGAGGGUCAAAUGCAACAUAAGGACGGGAUUCGGUGAGACCUGACCAAGUUGGCGUGGCACUACGCACCCAAAACACAGACUGGUAGGUGCUUCAAGAAAUCUACGUACACCUUGUUGGCGAAAUAAUCUAAUUCAAACAUGUUUAAACGUCUGAUGGUGCUUCCACACAAUAGUGAGUCAUUUGUUGUUGCUGUACUAGCAACUGAGUCGGCGUAAAACAAAAAUCUAAACUGUCGGUCUACGUUUAAAGAUUUAGGCUGUAUUUUAAAUAAUGCACCUAACACUUGAGAGCGCACACCGCCAUAGUCAAAUUUCAGGAAGACCUCAGCGUCAACAGUACACUAACUUUAUAUAGUGUCCAAAUUUCGUCACCUCCUAAACAUCACAUGGAUAUGGAUAGUAGAUGACAUAUCUGUAUCGAUAUUGUAGUUAAAUUUAAGACAAGGUAAGAUACUUGUCAAUACUAAACAAUUGAACACGUAUGUACUUACUUGCUACUUGCUUGUUUUCAAAGCAGUCCUCUGUGAAAUGCUUGGAACAUAUUACUGUCCACUUUGAUUUGUAAGUCCAAUGCACCCACUUUGUCUCCACAAACCUGGUCCAUAACCUGCCUAUCUUUUCAUGUUUCAGCCAUUCAUGUAAACUGACAGAGUCAGCGUUUGACGCAGAACAGCCGUAUAUGCAACACGCUUAAUCAUUAUCGUUGCUAAUCGUUUUCCCAACUGAGGACCAUUGUCUAAGAUUUGGAGGCGCUGAUUUUCAUCCCAGCCGCUUCACAUUGACCUUCACACUCCAGUGAGAGUUCAAUAUCGUGGCUUCAUGAAGCCAAUAAAACUAGAUUUUCAAAAACAAGCGAUCAAUACCGAGACCACUAAAUUGAAAAUUCGCCCCACCUCAGCCGUACCUAGAAAUGUCUGUAAAAAUUAUGAACAGAAUUGGUGAAAAAAAAAACUACAUCCUUCAAUCGUGCAGAACUCCUGACACACUCCAUCCACAUAAGGUGUAACAUUGUCAUACAGUGAAGAAAAUAAGUAUUUGAACAGCCUGCUUUAUUGCAAGUUCUCCAACUUAGAAAUCACGGAGGGGUCUGAAAUUUUCAUCGUAGGUGCAUGUCCACUGUGAGAGAUAAUCUAAAAAGAGAAAUUCAGAAAUCACACCUUUUUUUAAUGAUUUAUUUGUGUGAUACAGCUGUAAAUAAGUAUUUGAACACCUGUCUAUCAGCUAGAAUUCUGACCCUCAAUGACCUGUUAGUCUGCCUUUAAAAGUCCACCUCCACUCCAUGUAUUAUCCUGAAUCAGAUGCACCUCUGUGAGGUCGUUAGCUGCAUGAAGACACCUGUUCACCCUAUACAAUCAGUAAGACUCAAACUUGUAACAUGGCUAAGACCCAAGAGCUGUCCAAAGACACUAGAGACAAAAUUGUACAACUCCACGUGGCUGGAAAGGGCUACGGAGAUCUUGAUAAAAAAAAAAAAAGUCCACUGUUGCAAUCAUUAGAAAAUGGAAGAAGGUAAACAUGACUGUCAAUCUCAAUUGGAGUGGAGCCCCAUGCAAGAUAUCACCUCGUCGCGUCUCAAUGAUCCUUAGAAAGGUGAGGAAUCAGCCCAAGACUACACGACAGGACUUGGUCAAUGACCUGAAAAGAGCUGGGACCACCGUUUCCAAGGUGACUGUUGGCAAUACACUAAGACGUAAUGGUUUAAAAUCAUGCAUGGCACAGAAGGUUCCCCUGCUUAAACCAGCACAUGUCAAGGCCCGUCUUAAGUUUGCCAAUGACUUCUUCUUCUUUCGGCUUGUCCCUUUCGGGGUCACCACAGCGUGUCAUCUCAGAUGAACGCACAUAUAUGUUUGGCACAAUUUUUACGCCGGAUGCCCUUCCUGACGCAACCCUUCUCAGGGAGUGGAGGCCCCAGUGGGAUACGAACCCACAACCCCUGGUUUACCAAACCAGUGCUCUAACCACUGAGCUACGGGGCCUCAUUUAAGUUUGCCAAUGACUAUUUGGAUGAUACAGAGGAGUCAUGGGAGAAGGUUUUGUGGUCAGAUGAGGCCAAAAUGGUACUUUUUUUUGUCAUAAUUCCACUUACCGUGUUUGGAGGAAGACAAAUGAUGAGUUCCAUCCCAAGAACACCAUCUUUACUGUGAAGCAUGGGGGUUGUAGCAUCAUGCCUUGGGGGUGUUUUUCUGCACAUGGGACAGGAUGACUGCAUUGUAUUAAGGAGUGGAUGACUCUGGCCAUGUCUUGUGAGAUUUUGGGGAACAACCUCUUUCGCUCAGUCAGAACAUUGAAGAUGGGUGAAGUAAGAAUAAUUUAAUUGUGUUGUUUUUCCAUAUUCAAAAGAUGUUUCGCAAUAGCUUCGACUGUUUCGCAAUAGCUUUGUAUAACCAGCAAUGUCAUAAAAGGAUGUUUGGAUAACCAGCAAUGUCAUAAAAAGAUAUUUAUGUUAUAUAUGAUGUUGAGCAAAGCCUUUUGUUAAGAACAAAGAUAGCGUGGCGUCAGGCGGGCUGAAUUGGCCACUCACCCCUCCUUCCGCACACGCUUAGAGUAUAAAAGGAGAACUUUGGAUACUCUCGGUAGAGUCUGCCGCGGGUUGCGUACGGACGCCCAGCCGGUAUUGAAGCUCGCUCUACCUGGAGUGUUGGCUCUCCCUCCUAUUGGCGCACGCUUGGUGUGUGCUUGCUGAAGUGGGAGCUGCUGAUUGGACGACCCUCGACGGUAGGACGCAGCUAUGGUCCGACUCUCCUGGGGAAUGACCGAAGGUCAUGUGUGCGAGAAAAGCCAGUUCAUCGGGAUGAUACGGAGAAUUUCAGUCAACAUUACCUGUGAUCUUCCCAUGAUGAUACGGGGGAGUAAGGUGACAGUCUCCGCUUCCUCCGCCACGUGUAAGUGGAAAUUGGACGAAUUUCGCUAUAGGGGGUGUCAUGCUGAUCAUCGAGGAACGACUUGGACGGCAUUGCAGAAGAGGAUUUCACCAUCAGGGAGGUUGGGGAUGAUGGUGAUAUGAGGUGGGGGUAUGAUAUGACAGUCAUUUCUAAAGAAACAAUGACGCCAAAAAUAACUCAAACACACUUGACUCCCAUUCUUGACACCUGUACACACCUAGCUCAAGCAGUGGUUGAAACCAAGAUACACUGGACGAUUCACUUUCCCCCGAUUCCGAUAUGUAACAGAAUAAAAAGGGCAUGGUAUGAUACUUUGUUGGGGGGAACGGGAACUGUAUUGGUAUUGGCAAAUACUGCUGAUAAUGAGGUAACUAGAACCAUGCUGUCCAAUACUGGAGAACACUCUGCCAGGGCCUUGCAUCAAGUAGGGGUUUGGCUUCCUAAGGCUCUGGUGGGACAAAAAGAAAAUGCAGAACUUUGGAAAACAGUGUUUAAUUGGGAUAUCAAAUUAUGGUACGAAGCAGGGGAAGUGUUUCAGAACUUGGAAAAACAGAGUAGCUGGACAGUAUGUAGUAUUCAAACUCUACACGCUGCGGCUCAAAAAGAGUCGUUUCUAAGGAUAGUUACGUCGGGAAAUUAUCAAGAGUGGCGGAAGGUUUGGAAAAUUUCCAACUCUUUGUGGUUGACAUUACAUCCCGAACAUACCAAAUGUGACAAACAUAAAUGUACGGGGUAUUGGACUCAGUACAAUGUGACGACAACAAAGGUGGUUUGUAAAUAUCAAGUUUUGCCUAUUAUAACGACAAGUGGAUAUUGGUUUUUACACAUGGACGGAGAGUGGUUUGAACCAAAAACCAACAAAACCUUUAAAUCAGAUUUAUGUGACUUAACAGACCAAGGGUUGGCUUGCAGAUUACAACAUGCGUACUCGAAUCCGUGCCUAACCGACUCAGAGGUUGUACUUUGUGAUUGGACUAGGGAGCCAGCCAGAGAGAUGAUGUGGCAAGUUGGACCGCAUACUCUCUGUGUGGCUACAACACAAAAUAACUCACAAGUACCUUCGGUUCCUUUUGUAGGAUGCCUUCGAGAUGUACACAUAUGGCGCUGGGGAAACAUGACGUAUCGUUUGACCAACUAUUCGGAGUCCCACAGGUUGACUGCGGUCCAGUGGGAGGUACUACGCUCCCCCUGGUCAGUGUCUCUGGAACGAUUCAAAUGCGCAUUGGAGAGUUCUACAGACAUCCAAAAACUCAUCGAGUCACAUGCGUCUAACAUUUCCAGUCUCAUGGUGUCAACUCUGGUAGUAAGCGGGGAAGUAGUGCAUGCCGCUAAAUUAGUACAACAGGAGUCAGCUCAUCAUUGGUGGGACAUCUUCACAGGAAUGUCCUCCACUGCGCGUGCUACUUUCGUGCCACCCUUGAUCGUGGGUAAUGAUUGUUGUUUGUGUGCUUACGCUAUGCAAUAUGGGAACUUGCUAUUAUGUGCGACGCAUCCGGCUUGAGGUAGAGAGGGAAAUAUAUAAAUCGCCUAUAAUCAAUUGCUUACAUUUUGAAUGAUGGAAAAACAUCAAGAGUGGAAUGAAGUAAGAAUAAUUUAAUUGUGUUGUUUUUCCAUAUUUAAAAGAUGUUUCGCAAUAGCUUCGACUGUUUCGCAAUAGCUUUGUAUAACCAGCAAUGUCAUAAAAAGAUUUUUAUGUUAUAUAUGAUGUUGAGCAAAGCCAUUUGUUAAGAACAAAGAUAGCGUGGCGUCAGGCGGGCUGAAAUGGCCACUCACCCCUCCUUCCCCACACGCUUAGAGUAUAAAAAGAGAACUUUGGAUACUCUCAGUAGAGUCUGCUGCGGGUUGCGUACGGACGCCCAGCCGGUAUUGAAGCUCGCUCCACCUGGAGUGUUGGCUCUCCCUCCUAUUGGCCCACGGUAAGGGCUGGAUAUUCUUCUAAGAGCUGGUUGGAUAUUACUUAGCUUCAUACCACGUGAUUUGUGCUUGUGCUCGUGUUACCAUUUCUGUGUGGGACCAAUAAAGUGUCAAUUGUUGGUAGCCAGAAGUGUGUCUUGUCUUCAUUUCUGAGUGCCUAUCUCCAACGAUCCUAUUAAAAUUUGAUACUGAACUCCUGAGCGAGGUAUCAGAAAUGUUUUAAAACAAUGGGUCAUGGCUGGGUCUUUCAACAUGACAAUGACCAGAAGCACACAGCUAGUAAAACCAAGGAAUGGCUCCGUAACAAGCAUAUCAAAGACCUGGCAGUCUCCAGACCUAAACCCAAGAGAAAAUCUUCAGAGCAAGCUGAAACUCUGUGUUUCUGUCUGAUCUAGAGAAGAUCUGUGUGGAGGAAUGGGCCAAAAUCCCUCUUGCAGUGUGUGCAAACCUGGUGAAACACUACAGGAAACGUUUGACCUCUGUAAUUGCAAAUGAAGGCUACUGUACCAAAUAUUAACAUUGGUUUCAUCAGGUGUUCAAAUACUUAUUUGCAGCUGUAUCACACAAAUCGUUUAAAAAAAUAAAUAAAUUGUGAUUUCUGGAUAUUUCUUUUGAGAGUAUCACUCUCACAGUGGACAUGCACCUACGAUGAAAAUUUCAGACCCCUCCAUGACUUCUAAGUGGGAGAAUUUGCAAUAUAGCAGGGUGUUCAAAUACUUAUUUUCUUCACUGUAUAUCAGAGUGAACUCAGGACCAACUGCACCAGCCUGUGGUCUUACAAUGAGCUUGAGGAUCUCAUCCCGGUCAUGAUAGUCAGUGUAGCUCUGGCUAGCAUACCCAGGUCGCAUAGUUUUGCAGCCCGCCAAAAAAAUGCCACCCAACACCAUUACUGACCCACUACCAAACCAUAAAUUGAUGCUGCAGUUAAAAGAACAGUGCCAAUGGGAUCUGCAGGCUUUGUCAAACGCCUUUCACAUGUGGUCAAGAUGAACCUGCUCUCAUCCAUGAAAAACAGAGGGAACAAAUGGUGAAUCUGCCAAUUUUUGUGUUUUCUAGCAAAUGCCAAUCCACUUGCACUUGCACAAUUUUGGGCUGGGUGUACAGGCCCCACUUGUGGAUAUCAGGUCGUCAUACCACCCCCGUGGAGUCAGUUUCCGACAGUAUGAGUAAAAAUAUACACAUUAGUGGCCUGCUGGGGAUCAUUUUGCAUGGCUGCCGCAGUGCCGCCCCUGUUCUUCCUUACACAAAGGACCGAGUAGCUGUCUUGGUGCUUGGUUGUUGCCUCCAUCGGCCCCCCUCCACGUCCACUUGUAUACGGGCCUGUAUCCUGGUAUCUCGUCAAUGGACGCAGCACUGUUCUGAGAGACACCAAACCCUCUUGCCACAGUUUGCAUUGAUGUGCGAGCCUGGAUGAGCUCAACUACCUGAACAACUUCUGUGGCUUGCAGACACAGCUCCAUGCUACCUUGAGGUGUGAGACCACUGACAAAAUGUAACAUGACCCAAAAAACAACUGGAAGAAAUAAGAAUAGAGAAACCGUCUGACUCGCAAAUCUGCACAGUCCAGCAUGAAAAAUCUGGCACGUAAAAUUUGUUACGAGUAGAAAUACUUAGAUAUUGAAAGAGGUCGCUUAUUUUAUGUAGUCUUGACAUUAUUUUAUUGAGAGGAGUGUUAAUUAGUGAUGCUUCCCAUAACUGUUGAAUACCCGAAUGUAUUGUGCAACCAUGGUUAUAUAAGUUGUUUUUC